AUGAAUUCCACUCGUCCUCCUGUGCUAAUCGUAAGCGCUGGGCCAGCAGGUCUGGUAGCAGCGUUGACGCUCCUCCAGAAUGGCAUCCCAGUUCGCAUCAUUGAUAAAGACCCCAAUCCUCGCAUGGGCCAGCGUGGUGCCGGAAUCUGGCCACGCUCCCUCGAACUCUUCAACUUCCUGAAUGUUCCAGAAGUCAACGACUUGGGGACACCUUUCCCUGCAAUCCGUUCGUACAAGCCAGGGACGUUGGAACUUACGACGGAAUAUUCAAUGAUCCCGCAUAUGGAACCUACUCCUGCGGUACCAUUCUAUGUUCCUAAAGUGCUAGGUCAACAACUCCAAGGGGUGAUUUUACGACGCCACCUAGAGAAAUUCUCGUGCUUUGUCGAGAUGGGCACUGAACUGCGUUCAGUUGAGCAGUCUGAUGAAGGUGUCACAGCUGUUCUAGCAAAGAACGACAUAUUGGAGACUUUCAGCACCAAGUGGAUAAUCGGCGCUGAUGGCGCUAAAGGCAUUGUGCGCAAACAACUCGGCCUCACAUUUUUGGGCGAAACGAGAGAUAAUGCUCGAAUUGUGGUCGGAGACAUCCGUUUACGUUGCUAUUGGCAUCAAUUUGGACACUUUAACAAACGAGGCCUCUCAUUACGUCCAAGUGACGAAGUUGGCGAGGAUGGCUGGCAAUUCUUCAUGUUCGGUGGUGAUAUAGACUUGACAAAGGCUGCUCAAAGCGAGGAGCUGGUCUACGAAAUUAUCGCGUCGUUGAUACCUGCGGAGAUUACGUUCGCCAAGAUCAUCUGUAUGAACGAGUUCAAAGCCAAUAUUCGUAUGGUAAACAAGUUUAGCGAGGGUCGGGUUUUUGUUGCGGGUGGUACUGUCCACAGUCCGACAGGUGGUCAAGGACUCAACUCCAGUGUACAAGAUGCCUUCAAUCUAGGCUGGAAGCUUGCGCUCGUCGAAAAGGGACUCGCCGACAAGUCUCUUCUUGAAACGUAUAAUGCCGAACGUCGGCCUGUCAUCUCCGAGAUGCUUGAGAUGACCACCGCGAUUCUCAACCAGGUGGUGAAGGCAAAAGACAUGACCAUUCCACGAAAUCCUAUCGUUUUUAUGCUCGGUGUCAACUGUCGAUUCAGCAACAUCGUUCUCGACGAGUUUGUAAUUCCAGGGAAGCCUAUCAAUGCGUACGGGAUGCUUGAUGAGGAGCAUCUAGAGGCUGGAGACAGGGCGCCUGACGCACCAAAUAUGUUGCAGGUGGGAGGUGGAAAGUCUGAUGUGAAGACGCUUUUUGGUCUUUACAGACCUUGGUAUCACACUGUACUUGUGUUCGCUCCGAGUCAUGCAGAUGCCACCCCGAUCUUGGGUGCGCUGGAGGCAUACGAUACAAGUGUUGUGCGAUCAGCAGUCGUCUUGCCUUCAUCUGCACUAGUGACGUCUAUUGCAUCCCCUGCUGACCUCGUUCUUGUCGAUCAGGAAGGCCAUGCUUAUUCGGCUUACCUCGUGGAAUCUGGCCAGACUAAGGUGUUUGUGAUCCGGCCGGACGGAGUGGUCGGGGCGAUCGUACAUGGUGCGAAAGGCGUGAGGAAGUAUUUCUCGAGAAUAUUAUUAGAUAUGUAGCGAUCUGGUCUUUGUACAUAUGGCUUUGAUAUCGUAGUUGUCGCCUUCGGUCGUCAAAUAACUUUUUGAGAGGUAUUACCAAAGGAGGUGCGGGUACACGAUAUUUGCACCAUCUUGUACCUCUUUCCAGGCGAUAAUGUCAUUAUGGCGUAUUAUAUUGGCAGUGGCAGACAAUAAGUGCGGGAUAAAGAGAUGGAGUGGGCUUAGCGUGUGCGUGGCUCUACAUACG